AUUCUUUCAGUGUCCGUGUAUAUAUAUAUAUAUAUAUAUAUAUAUAUAUCCCUCUAUUUUACAGUCUUUCUAGGGUUUCUUCGACCGUCUUUCUGAGGAGAAAUCUGUGAAGACCAUUUAGCGAAUCAAACAUGAGUAAGCUUCAGAGUGAUGCGUUGAGAGAAGCUAUCUCAUCCAUUAUGCAAUAUUCAAAGGAGACAAAGCCAAGAAAGUUCACUGAGACCAUUGAGCUCCAGAUUGGGCUCAAGAACUAUGAUCCCCAAAAGGACAAGCGUUUCAGUGGCUCUGUCAAGUUGCCACACAUUCCUCGCCCAAAGAUGAAGGUGUGCAUGCUCGGUGAUGCUCAACACGUUGAAGAGGCAGAGAAAAUUGGUCUUGAUUACAUGGAUGUUGAAGCCUUGAAGAAGCUUAACAAGAACAAGAAACUUGUUAAGAAGCUCGCUAAGAAGUACCAUGCCUUCUUGGCAUCAGAAUCUGUCAUUAAGCAGAUCCCUCGUUUGUUGGGGCCUGGUCUUAACAAGGCAGGAAAGUUCCCUACACUUGUUACUCACCAAGAAUCUCUGGAGUCUAAGGUUAAUGAAACUAAGGCAACCGUGAAGUUCCAAUUGAAAAAGGUGCUCUGUAUGGGAGUUGCCGUUGGAAACUGUGCCAUGGAAGAAAAACAAAUCUUCCAGAACGUGCAAAUGAGUGUCAAUUUUCUAGUAUCUCUAUUGAAGAAGAACUGGCAGAAUGUGAGGUGCCUGUAUCUGAAGAGCACUAUGGGUCCAUCAAACAGGAUCUUUUAAGAGAAUAUUUUUGCAUGGAGUUGAGCUUACAGCCUCUGGAUAUGCUCAUGUAUUUUGAAUGUUUAUUUUUGGUGUCUUGACUUCAAUGUUUAGUGAUUUUAUAGCGUUAGACUUAUAUCAAGUUUUUUCGUUGGAGAGAAUUUUAAUUGAAUCAUUAUUUUCUGUUUCA